AUGGAAGCAGAGCUUAUGGCUAUAACUUCUGCCGGUGAAGAGGACAGUUGGUUAAGAGAUUUAUUAUCUGAAAUUCUCAUUUGGGAUAAACUAGUACCACCUAUACUUUUAUAUUAUGAUAGUACUACUGCAAUUGGUAGAGUACAUAACAAAUAUUAUAAUGGAAAGUCUAGAGCUGUAAUGCAGUUAAACUAUAUGCAGAAGAAAUACCAUACCACAAGUACAAAAUUACUCCAAAGAUUCAAGUAUAUGGAGGAAGAGGGAAUUCAACAUUUCAGUCAUGAUGAGCACCCUCUGAUCAUGAUUGAAGUGCAGAAAAACAAUGAUAAUGGUGAUGGAGAUGAUAAGAAAAUUACUCAUCCGAUGCAUCCCAAGCAUCCAUUAGUCCUCCAUAGGGAGCCACCUUAUUCUUCUGGUAGUUGUACUUGUCAUGCUUGUGGCCAAAAGGGUUGGAAAUUUUUCACCUACAAUUGUUCCUUUUGCAAAUUUGAUCUCGAUAUAUCGUGUGCUUCUCAAGAUCGGUUUGCUAGAGAAGGACAAUCAGAUUUGGGAGAUCCAGGCAGAAAUUUGGUCAAACUGUCCUCCAAUGAUGCAGCACAAAACUUCAUCAAACUUUCUCUUCUUCAGUGCAGCAUUACUAGUAGUCUCAGAAAAAUGAGUACUGAAGAAAAGAUAAUCCUCACUAUGCUUGAGCCUAUUCUCUUGUCUGAUCCUCACUAUCCUUGCGCUGAAGGCGAUUACUUUCUCCAUAAGACUUGUUAUCAAUUUCCUGAUGAACUACAAACCCCAAAACAUCCCGAGCAUUCGCUUACACCGAUGACAGUAUUGGCUGUUGCUGGCUACUUUAGGUGUCAUGCCUGUCUAAAGGAGGGAAAUUGUCUCUACUAUGAAUGCAAAUGCUGUAAAUUCUACAUUUGUAUCAAGUGCGUGAGUGCGAGCUUGACAUCAGCUGUUUUGCACAAUUCUCAUAAGCAUCUCUUAACUCAGGUUGAAAACACAAAUCGGAUAACGUGCAAUGCCUGUGGCUUUGACAGAGGUAGUUUUGGAUUUGGUUGUGAAGAUUGCCAUUUUUAUUUGGACUGCGAGUGUGCCCUGAUGCUGCCUACAACCAAACAGAAAUGGGACGAGCAUGUGCUCGUGUUAACUUAUCCUCCUUUUGUUGAGCAUCCAGAUGAAUUUUGCUGUGCGAUCUGUGACCUCCAAAUGAAUCCCAAUGAAUGGAUGUACCACUGUCACGAAUGUGACCAAUUGUUUCAUCCUUGGUGCAUUCCCCAGAUUCAUCAAAAUACCAAGUUUGGCGUGCCAUUUUUGAUAAUGGGGAAGAGGCUUUUCAAUGCACAGAGUGCAGCUAUUGUCUCUGUGCAGAUUGUGCUUGCAAAAGGGCAGUUCUAA